UUUGUGUAAUUAUUGGUUGGCGCCUAAAUUCAAAUUUUGAGAACGCUUGCGCGCUGCUUCUCCUCGUGCUAUAUGGAAUGCAAAGUAUUUUUUCCAAAUUGUAGCAUUAAAGCGAAUAGUAAAUGAAUAAAACAUACAUCUUUAGGCAUUAUAAAUACAACCUGAAUUCGAAUACCAGUUAUGUAAUACGAAUAGACGCAACAGAAUGAAUAAACAACUUUGACCUACUUAAUAUCGAGAAAGUCUACGGAGCAUUGUAUUUAAUGAAAAAGUAAAUUAAAAGGCAUUUGAGCCGGAUAAAUUGUUAUUAAAAAUCGUAAAAGGAUUUAUUUGAUAUAUUAGAUACGUUUAGAGGAUGAAAAUGCGAAUGAACAAUUUCAGGUUAUGUAAGCAGCAGUACGCUUGACCAGUGCAGUCAUGUCUGUCUGUCUGAAUGCAAAGUGUAAGGGAAGUGGCCUAGAGACCUACAUUUAUACACGGUUCGAUUUUACAUCAUUGUGAGAAAUAGAUAUUUGUGAAACCUUGGCGCGAAUUUGAAGGUCGAGAUUUCUUUGGACCUUGAGGCGUGGUGAAUUAGUUUAUCAAUUCGGGAUAAGUGCGUAAUUGAAUAAACAAUGCAUGAAGAAACGUCGGGUAUGAGCGUUCCCAGCUCUGUUGCCGUAUCUACCGUACAAGUACAAAAUGAAAACGGCACGUCCACUACGGUUUCCGUGGUCAAUGCCGAUGCCGAGGUGGAAUUGGAAGUUGUAACAGACAAUGACAACGUAGAUUUGCAAGUGCCUUUCUCCACUAAUUCAGGAGGAGUCAACACGCUGUCUGGGAUCGACAUGGGCCCAAGCUAUCAGAUAGCCGGCUCCGCCACUUCUCUCACCGGUGUUGGAGACAUUUCAGACACCAAAGACGGAAUUGAGGAACUGUGUCCAGUGUGCGGGGAUAAAGUUUCGGGGUACCACUACGGCUUGCUUACCUGUGAAUCUUGUAAAGGAUUUUUCAAACGAACCGUGCAAAAUAAGAAAGUUUACACGUGCGUCGCUGAAAGGAGUUGUCAUAUUGACAAAACCCAGAGGAAGAGGUGCCCUUUUUGCCGGUUUCAAAAAUGUCUGGAAGUUGGGAUGAAGCUAGAAGCUGUUCGAGCAGACAGGAUGAGGGGCGGAAGAAAUAAAUUCGGACCCAUGUACAAGAGGGAUCGGGCCAGAAAGCUGCAGAUAAUGCGGCAGCGGCAGUUGGCGGCUCAAACGUUGAGGGGCGGAUUAGGGCCCGAUAUGUAUUCCGGACAACCGGGCACUUCGCCUUUCGCCAACAUCCACAUCAAACAAGAAAUACAAAUACCUCAAGUGUCCUCCCUUACCUCAUCGCCAGAUUCGUCGCCCAGUCCCAUAGCAGUAGCUUUAGGCCAGGUGAACUCCUCGUUGGUGCAGCCCACGUCCAAUCAGCAGCCCGCUCUCCAGAUCGUCGGCGUUCCUGGAGGUCACUCGUCGAUGGUCAUGGGCCCGGAUAACAAACUCUGGGCCCAAGCGAACUCCACCACCACAUCACCCCUUAGUCCCAAAGUGUUCCAAUUCGAGACUGUCGUACCGGGCAGCAGUGUACCGCCUUCGAGUAAAGUGUCGCCGCUCAUUAGGGAUUUCGUUGCCGCCGUUGACGAUCGCGAAUGGCAAAACUCUUUGUACACUCUUUUACAAAACCAGACGUACAAUCAGUGUGAAGUGGACUUAUUUGAACUAAUGUGUAAAGUUUUGGACCAAAAUCUCUUUUCUCAAGUCGAUUGGGCGAGGAAUUCGAUAUUCUUUAAAGAUCUCAAGGUGGACGAUCAAAUGAAACUUCUGCAGCAUUCAUGGUCGGAUAUGUUGGUGCUGGAUCACAUACACCAGCGCACGCACAAUAACCUACCCGACGAAACCACCCUCCACAACGGCCAGAAAUUUGACCUCCUCAAUUUGGGAUUGCUGGGAGUCCCGAGUCUGGCCGAUCAUUUUAAUGACAUCACUGUCAAAUUGCAAGAGUUGAAAUUUGACAUCAGUGACUAUAUCUGUAUAAAGUUUAUGCUUCUACUUAAUCCAGAUGUUCGAGGGAUUACCAAUAGGAAACACGUCCAAGAGGGAUAUGAACAAGUCCAACAAGCUUUACUCGAAUACACAGUUACAUGCUAUCCACAAGUACAGGAUAAAUUCAACAAGAUGCAACAACUGUUACCGGAAAUCCACAGCUUAGCGGCGCGAGGCGAAGAACAUCUCUACCACAAACACUGCAGUGGCAGCGCUCCGACGCAAACCCUCCUCAUGGAGAUGCUCCACGCCAAGAGGAAAUAACGGCCGCCGUCCUCUCCCACCCCACGUUACCAUAUCUGUGUGCAAUACCGGCUUACACUCUGUACAUAGGUUACUGGAAAUCUCAUAAGGACUAGUAGAGAUAUAUUUUUGAACGGGGAAGGGAUGGCUUGGGAAGGUUUUUUUGUGUAGAUGAAUUGGGUUUAGUAUUAGAAUAUCCAUAUGGAUAUUCUUUACAAAAAUCAUUUUAAUCGAGACUAAAGAAACACGAUAUAUAAUCAUAAAUAAAAAAUAAAUGAAAUGAGAAGUUCCAUAUCCGUAAAUCUGAAAACCUCUCAUGGAACCAAUUUUUGGGUACAUCCUUAAUAUCUGUCUUUUAACAAUUUAUAAGGCAAGCAGACGACGAAUAAAGGAGACGAAAGGAACUCUAGAAUAUGCAGUCACAUUCCGUCCAUUCGCCUAGAAAAAAAUAGACAAUAGACAGUUUGGUUUCAUUUUGGUUCAGAGCUGAUCAGGUAGCUCCACUAAUGAGGUCUGGGGAGACUGAAACGUACGUAAGGGGAUGAUUGAUCAUUUCUGAACCGAAAUUAAACAUAAACUGUAUUUCAUUAAAAAAAAAAUAAACAAUUAAAAGUACCACUACAUCUGGUAUUAGUUUACAACUGACGUUUAUAAUAAUUGUAGACUAUCUGAGAUCAACUACAGCGUCAUGAACUCGGCAUGAAUCGUGGUAUGUAUAUGAAGAUAAAGAUAAACACUAAACAUUAAAUUUGGACCAGUUUUCUGGAACAUUACUGGUACAGUUUGGUUUUGAUAUUAAAUCGAAUUGAUCUACACAAAAAAUGACCCUUAGACUGUUCUCGGUUCCCUUUUUGUGUGUUUUCAUAUCUGUUUCUAUUAGUCCGAACUAUUAUUGUUGACAUUGAUGCCUUUUUGAAGUACAAAGAGCAAACCACAUAUUUUUCUAAUAAGCUAAACCUCAGACCACAGCGCCAGUCUCUCGAGCUUUUUCUUCGUUGUUUUUUUUUAUUUAUAUUAAUGUUGAAGUUUUGGAUUUUUUUAUAAAAUACAUUCCACGAGGAUGUGAUCCCAAGGGAUACAAGGGCAUCCUAUAAUUUUAGGCUAAGAAGUCUUAUAGCUUUUUUCGUUUCGAGUGUUCGAGGACGGUUGCGUGAGUGAGAGGAUGGAACGUGCACAGCACUAAAAAACGUGUUAAACGUAACAGCAGUACGUGUAGCUUAACUGUGGUGAUGGACUAACUACUUGGGACGGUGGGCAACCUUGUCCUGGAAACAAUUGGUAGCUAAAAUGGUGUCUGAUUAAUAUACCCGGGCUCAACCAUUACGAUUUUGGUACAAACGAGUUUUCAGUUCCUAAUUUGAGCCGUCUUCAUGACUUGGAACUACGUCUCAGUUUACAUCAUCAACACUUCUCAUUAAAACAUGCUGUUGGUGAUUUGAACUCGGAAGAUGACUCCAAAAUGGAAGUUGAAAUCUCGUCGCGGUGUAAAAGCUAUCGAUCGUUUAAAGGCGGGAUAAUUCUUUAAAGAAAAGCUUACCGUCCAGGUAAAACUAACAGCUCUGUAAUAUUACGUGUAAUUAUUAGAGUAAAAAUUUAUUAUUAGAUAUUAAGUUAAACUUUAUUAUAUAUUAUGUUAUAUAUAUUAUGAAUGUUAAUAUUGAUUAAUUGAGGAGGUAAGAGCUGGUACUGUGGUCUAAUUUUGUGUUGUUAUUAUCAAAUGGUGUAAGAGGAAUGACAAUGUAAAUACAAAUACCAGUUAUUUCACAUAAUACAGCCACCUUGUUAGUUGUUAUCUAUUGUGUUACUUUGUAUAUUUUUUUAUUGAUAAAUACAGUAAUCAGUGUUGAUGUGAAUAUAUUUCUCUGCGGCACCUUCGAUUAAAAAAAGACAGGGAAUUUAAAGUGUCAUACAUUUCUAACAGUUCUUUGGUAUCCAGAAAAGGCAAAAAUGGAAAUCCCCGGAUGACUUGGUUUAAAGAUACUGAACAAUUAAGAUGAAGAUAUUAGUAAGAGAACACAAACCAAUUUGAAAGAAGAGAAAUUCUUUUUGUAUCUAUCUUUCUAGCUUUCAGAUGGACUGUAGCACCUGCUAUCGAGAAAUUUUUGGAAUAGGCCCUGCUUUAACGGUUAAGUGAUUUACUUAAACCCCACCAAGCCACUCAUGCCAGCUCGCUGGAUCACUUCAGAUGUUCAUAAGAAAUUCGAUGUCCUCAACCAUUUCUGUUAUUCCCAACCACAUAUACUCUGUUUUUGACCUGCUAUCUUUAAGUUUUCUCUCUUCUAUAGCCCUUCUCCAUUCCUCUAACUUCUCCAACAGUUGCUACCUUAAAAUACUAGUUUUCACGAACUAGUAUUGUUUUUUCUGUGGUAGCCUUGAGCAAUUUUUCAAUUACUUCUGUAUUUACUCGUGCACAACAUAUAUCAAUCCCUCUAGUAGCAUACACAGAGCUCAUUUGUCAGAAUAAAGGUGACCAGUUAUAGACGGAGAGGCAGCGCUGAGAAAUCUCUUUGAAUUUACUAAAGCUAAAUUUUUCACAGUUGAUUACUGUGAUUGUGUAGAGAAACAUACUGCGGUCGGUCAAGCGAAACGUAGAACAGGGGUUACUGAGAGGGUAUCAA